AAUAUUAUACGAUUGCGCCACCGAAUUAAAAAUCCUCGCCGCGUUCGCGAAUUUUCUCCGACGUGAGAAAGUUCGUAGUCACCUCAUCCUGGCUAGGGGACAGACCGUUCAUUCGUAAUGGCGGGUUCUAGGGUUUGGUGACCAACGGAUAGUGGCGAGCCCUAUGGAAAUGCCCAGUAGGAGAUCCAACUACACGCUGUUGAGCCAAGUCCCCGAUGAUCACUACGGCGGCGGAGCCGUGUCGUCGGGGACUGCUGCUCCCUCUUCGUUGUUUGGUUCUUCGUCUGGGGACGGCAAGAACAUUAAAGGCAAGUUGGACAGAGGGUUUGAUUGGGACUUGAGUACUGAUCAUAGAGUGACUCAGCAGGGGAACCGGAUAGGAAAUUUGUUUCCAUCGAUCGGGUUGCAGAGGCAGUCCAGUGAGAGCAGUUUUGGCGAAAGCUCGCUGUCAGGCGAGUAUUAUGCUCCGACUCCAUCUACUGCAGCUGCAAAUGAGAUCGAUGCCUUUGGGUAUAUGCAUGAUGAUGGGGCCAGGAUUGGUGGAGGCGCUGGUGUUGGGUCCGACUUAAGACCGAAGUUGACGGAAACUACGGUGCGAACAGCUGGGUCGUCUUCAGGAAAAAGCUGGGCGCAGCAGACGGAGGAGGGUUAUCAAUUACAGCUAGCUUUGGCGCUUCGGCUUUCAUCCGAUGCAACUUGUGCUGAUGAUCCCAAUUUUCUGGAUCCAGUCCCGGAUGACUCUGUUUUGAGGUCGUCAUCCUCGAGCUCUCCGGAGGCAGUGUCACAUAGAUUCUGGGUUAAUGGCUGCCUAUCAUACUCCGACAAAAUUCCUGAUGGCUUUUACUUAGUUCAUGGGAUGGAUCCCUAUGUGUGGACUAUGUGUACUGAUCUGCAGGAAAAUGGCCGAAUUCCAUCUGUCGAAUCACUGAAGUCUGUGGAUCCUUGUGCUGACUCUUCACUUGAAGUAGUUUUGGUUGAUCAGCGUAGUGAUCCCAGCUUAAAGGAAUUGCAAAAUAGAGCGCAUGGUAUUUCUUUUGGCUGUGUAACAUCAAAAGAGGUUGUAGACCAGCUUGCCAAGCUGGUUUGCAACCAAAUGGGGGGUUCUGCAUCUGUUGGGGAGGAUGGCCUUCUUUCUACUUGGAGGGAGCGUAGUAACGAUCUUAAAGAUUGCUUAGGAUCUGUUGUUGUUCCAAUAGGCAGUCUUUCUGUUGGCCUCUGUAGACAUCGUGCUACAUUAUUCAAAGUGCUAGCUGACACUGUUGAUUUACCAUGUCGGAUUGCAAAGGGCUGUAGAUAUUGCUCUAGAGAUGAUGCUUCCUCUUGCCUUGUCCGUUUUGGACUUGAUAGGGAAUAUCUGGUUGAUUUAAUUGGGAAGCCAGGUUGCUUGUGGGAGCCAGAUUCCUUGCUCAAUGGUCCAUCCUCCAUCUCAUUUCCCUCACCCUUGUGCUUUCCAAGACUUAAACCAGCUGAACAUACAAUUGAUUUCAGGUCACUGGCCAAGCAGUAUUUCUCUGAUUGUGUGUCCCUUGAGCUUUCUUUUGACAAUAAUUCUUCAGAACAGUUCGAUGGAAAGUGCAAGGACAGAUAUGACCCCAGGUCAAUUUCAAUUUCAAAGGAAAGCAACAGAACAAAAGAUCAUGGUUCUGAAGCAUUUAAUUCAUAUAAACCUUCCCAGAACAUUGCAGACUCUAAGACUUCGGGCAAGGCUCCAUUGCCUAUAAAUCAUAACCUACCUCCUGGUCAUAGAGAUAUGAUGAAGCCUUUGGUACGUACAAAUCUAAAUGUGGAUGCUAUUGAGGGUAGGUGGUUUGUCGGUGGUAGCCAAUUGGUUCCUGGCAGACCAAACAUAGAAUUAGGCAUUGAUAUGGAGGAUUUGGACAUACCAUGGAGUGAUCUUGUUUUAAAAGAGCGAAUUGGAUCAGGUUCGUUUGGAACUGUACAUCGUGCUGAAUGGAAUGGCUCAGAGGUUGCUGUUAAAAUUCUUAUGGAACAAGAUUUUCAUGCUGAACGUGUCAAGGAAUUUCUGAGGGAGGUUGCGAUAAUGAAGAGGUUGAGGCAUCCAAACAUUGUCUUAUUGAUGGGGGCAGUCACUCAGCCUCCAAACUUAUCAAUUGUCACAGAAUACUUGUCAAGGGGUAGCUUGUACAGACUGUUGCAUAAACCUGGUGCCAAAGAGAUGUUGGAUGAAAGGCGCAGACUCAGUAUGGCUUAUGAUGUGGCAAAGGGAAUGAAUUAUCUUCAUAAACGUAACCCACCCAUUGUUCACAGAGAUUUGAAGUCUCCAAAUCUUCUUGUUGACAAGAAAUAUACCGUUAAGGUCUGUGAUUUUGGGCUUUCCCGUCUAAAAGCAAACACAUUUCUCUCAUCAAAGUCUGCAGCUGGGACUCCUGAGUGGAUGGCUCCAGAAGUUCUUCGUGAUGAGCCAUCAAAUGAGAAGUCUGAUGUUUAUAGCUUUGGCGUAAUCUUGUGGGAGCUUGUGACAUUGCAACAACCCUGGAGCAAUUUGAAUCCAGCACAGGUUGUGGCAGCUGUUGGUUUCAAGGGCAAAAGGCCUGAGAUCCCACGUGAUUUGAAUCCUCAAGUAGCUGCAAUAAUUGAGGCUUGCUGGUCCAAUGAGCCCUGGAAACGUCCUUCUUUUGAAAGUAUCAUGGAUUCUUUGAGACCAUUGAUCAAACCCCCUACACCUCAACCUGGUCGCCCACCAUUACUUUCCUGAAUGGCUGGAAUCUGGAGUUAUUCAUGCACAUACUACGGAACUUUAUUAGAUUUGAUGUCUAACAGGACUAUGCUGUUUUACUUUUUAGGAAUUCCAGAGUCAAUUGUAUAGUUGUGUCCUAAUUGGAACUAAGAAAUCUGAUAUGCAACGGAAAGCGGUCCUCCACGUUUAUUCCAACAGAACUAUUGUUUGAUCAGGUGAUACUGUAAUUGCAUGAAGAAAUGUUGUAUAAUUCUUUUAUCCCCGAUUUUGUAUGUAAAUUCUCCAUUAUAAUUUGAUUCAGUUAAUGAUAAGCAGCGUUGCUUGCAUUUUUGAACA